AUGGCUGCUGUUGUUUUUGCUUGCUGCUGUGCCUCGUCAGUGCUUGGUGAGCAAGUAUCAACAACAGCCGGAGGUGAUGAUUUAACAAAAGUUGCUGCAACAACCGAACCACCAUCAACAACGCCCGUGAACAAUGUCUCAUCUUCGGCCACCAUACAAGAUGAGCCUCAGGCAUCUAAUGCAAAAACAGAUUUUUCAGAAGCAGUUGAAAACACAACUCUCCCAGGAACAACUGUAACAUCACCUACGAUGACAGAAUUACCACCAACAACUGCAGCGAAUAGGACAACCCCAGUCAACACAGAUCCACCUACAACUUUGAAAAUGGGCUCAUCGACAGUUGCAAGCAGAAAUCCAUCUCUAACUUCUGAAAGGACUGAUCCGCCUACAACUGUCUCAAGCACUGAUUUGCCAACAACAACCGUAAUGACGGAUCCUCCCACAACUGCCGCAAAGACCAUUACAACGACUGAUCCACCCUCGGCUGUAUUAGGUAUUGAUCCAACAACUGUAUCAAGCACUAUUCCACCAACAACAACUAUUCCAAGCACUCACCUGCCUGAAACCAUUGUAGAGACUGAUGUACCCACUACUGUUUCAUAUACUGAACCGGUAACAACUGUCAAGUCUGAUCUCCCCACUACUGUUUUAAGCACUGGUCCACCAACAACAGCUUUAAAGCAUGAUCCACCCACAUCUGUUUCAAGCACUGGUCCACCAACAACAGCUGUAAAGACUGACCUCCCCACUACUGUUGUAAAUACUGAUUCAUCAGCAACAGUUGUAAAGUAUGAUGUCUCCACAUCUGUUUCAGGCUCUGAUCCUUCAACAACUAGUCCAGUGACUUAUCUAUCUGCAGCUAUUUCAAGCAUUGACCUUUCAACUACAACUGUUAAGCCUGAUUCACCAACAAGUACUGAUAAGCCAGAUAUAACAUCAAGUAUUGUAAAGACUGAUGUAGUACCAGCAACUACUGCAAAGACUGGCGAAGUGACAACUGCAGGAGAGACUGGGUCAUCAUUGUCUCUUGGGAAGACUGACCUAACUACAAGAAAUGCAAACACCAGCCCACUUCCUCCAAAUAAAAAUGAUCUAUCAACAAAAUCUGUAAAUACUGAGAUAACAGCUACUAUGACAACAAAUCCUCUAACAUCCAUGAAAAAUGAUAUAUUAACAGUAACUACAAGAACUUAUCCACAAACAGAAGCUGUAAAAGCUGACUCCCCAACAUUAACUUCAGCUACUACUUUAGUAACUAUAGAUGGUGGAAAUGAAUUAUCAACAUUAACCGUAAAGAAUGAUUUAGUGUUGGCUACUGGAACUACGGAUUUUCCAGUUGCAACUGUAAAGACUGUGCCAUCAGCAACAAAUUUAAACACUGAUCAACAAGUAACUACUGUUAAAACUAGUUCUACUGCCACAAGUGUUAUGUCCGGACAGCCAGCAAUAACUUUGAAGACUGAUCCCCAAACAGUUACAACACAGGCUAAUUCACAACUAACAUCUAUAACUGCAAAAGGGUCGACAACCACUGGAAAGGCUGACCCACUCGUGACUACCACAGAGUCUGAUUUAAUAACUGUAAAAACUGAUUUGCCAACAUCAUCAGUAAAAGAUGAUUUGCCAACAGUAACUGUUAGAACUGGUGCAUAUACAUCUGUUUACAGUAACCUACCCACAACUGCUGUCAAGACUGAUCCAUCAACAGAUGGUAUGAAAACUGGUCUGCUAACAGAUACCCUGCAGACAGAACUGACAACGAAGUCUCUGGGCGUGAGUUCAACAACAAGCAGUGAGUCUUAUGCGCCAGCAACUACUGAUAUUCCCGUCACAUCACUGAUGACUAAUCCAGAUACAGCAAUGCUGACAAUGUAUCAUCCAUCAACUACUGUAAAGGCUAGUGUCCAAACAACAGUCGCUGAAGCUACUCUACCAACGACAGCUAUAAAAACUGAUGAGAUAAAAACAACUGAAACUUCAAUUCCACCAACAGCAACUAAAAUAGAAGCCCCAUUAACAACAAGAAUGAAGGAAUUAGCAAUAACAACGGUAAAGACUGAACUUCCAAUAACAAGUGUGGAGGUUGACUGGCCAACAACAACUCUAAAGACUAAUUCACCAUUAACAAGUGAAAAUAAAGAUCAAUCAACAACAACCAUUAAAACUAAUCUGCCACUUACAACUGUCAGUUAUGACUCACAAACUACUACUGUAAAAGAUGAGGCGCCAAUAACAACUUCAAGUACAGAUCUACAAAUAACAACUGUGAAGACUGAGUCAUAUACUACUACCAUAGAUACUCAAGUACCAACAAGUGAACCACCAAAAACUACUUUGAGAAUGGAUUCACCAUCUAAUGCAAUAACGAGUGCACCGACAACAGAUGCAAGAACUAAUUCACCUACAGUUUUCAAUACAGAUGAAUCAACAACUUUAAUGACAGCUAAUACACAGCCUAUGACUGUAAUGACUAGUGAUUUAACAACAACUUUAGAGAAUCAUGCUCUUACACAUACUACUGACAAUGUUAUGCCAAUGUCUACAAGUGUUCUUGGAUCCUUUUCUGAAACAUCAUCUACGGCAAAAAGUACAUUACAGCACUCUGGCCCUUUGGAAUACAUAACUACAUUGACUACUACUGCCAUUAGAUAUGUAACGAAUUUAGUAACGAAUUCUCCAUUCAGUUCAGAAGCAAGUUCUGCUAACAUUGAAACAGAGUCUCUGACACACCUAAAAAACACUGCUUCCUUAGAAAGUACUUCCCCUGUGACUCAGUUGACAGACAGUACUACUACAACAUCUCCUGUUGUAGCUGAGAGUUCCUCUUUUGAACCACAACCUCUUACAGCACCUCCUACUGUAAUAACAAUCACACACACUUCAUCUACGACUUCCCCUGCAGACCAUGUCUCAUCCAUAGAAGCCACUCAACAAUUAAAGGGCACAAGUCUUUCGUCUACAAAAGCUUCAACAACACCAACGACAGUUACCACUCAAAAACCAGUUACAUCACCUCUAGCUUCAGUCUCAAGUUCUACAACAACCUCAACUACUACAUCUGCCGCUGCAGUACAUUCAACCACUAGAAAGGCUUCUACGACAACCACCACAAGUAGAACGACGACUUCCACAACUACCACUACCACUUCACCCAGCAGUAAAUCGUCAUCAACUCAGGAUACUUCAACUCUGCCCUCUUUAGUAAAAGUAUCUACCAAUGACAUGAAUGGAAGUAUUGCUGAAUCAGAGAAUACUCAGGCACAUACUUCUUUGGUGCCACCACAUACAGAGGUGUCUAAGAAUAACACUAGUAGCACUUCUGGAAAUGUUACUACCACCAUGAUGACAACUUCUCCUGAAGAAAGAACUUCUGACUACACACCUGUGAGUACAACAGAUUUUACUGAUCAGGGGACUAUUAUCACCAGUGAACCAAAGGAGCCAGAAAGAUCUAGUACUCUACCCUUCUCAUCAACACAUACAAAUUCCAUAGUAAAAGACACUACACAAUCAAUAUCUCCAUUUUCUACUUCUCCAGCUGUAUCAGAUGAUGCCAAAUCUGACCUGACGACCCCAUCUGCAACUCACGAUCAGCCCUUGUCUACUUUAGAGUUAAAGCAUACAGCCAGUGAGACAGUUCCACCAAGUACAUCUCUAAGUAAUGCCCACAAUUACGAUACAUCCUCACAAAUUACAUCAAGAUCUCUGCCAACAACUGUCGCCAUACCAGGUGUUAUUACUUCUACUAAUAAUCCAACAUCACAGAGUUCAUCACUAAAUCUUCCUUCCUCAACAAGUAUUCCACCAGCCAUCCCUACUCCCACUGAGUCCCAAGAUGAAAGAACAUUUGCAGUAACUUCAUUUGUUACCACAGCAUCCAAUAUCAAAGUUUCUGUUCCAACCACAUCUGUAUUUACAUCUGAAUAUACAGCACAUUCUGGAUUAAGUAAAACAACAACUAUUCCAGAGGUGGCAACAUCACCGAAUUUAUUGCAAGAUUCGCCUUCAUCAACAAGCCUUCCAUCUGCCAUCCUUACUCCCACUGAGUCAAAUGAAACCAAAACAUCUGCUGUUACUUCAUUUGUUACCACAGCAUCUGAUUUAAAAAUUUCUGCCCCAAGGACAUCUAUGUUUCCAACCCAUAAAUCUAAAACAAGCCCAGGAUUUAGUCAUACGACCACUAUCCCAGAGGUUACAACAUCUGAAACUACAGCAUUGUUGCCAACUACAAAUAACCCGCCUUUGACAAUGACAACAGAUAUAACAAACGAAGCAACAUCAACUACUAACCAGCAUAAAACAAGGGAAUCAUCAGCAACACAAUCAUCCAUUACUAGUACUAUGAGUAUUACAUCACCUGGAAAAUCACCAACCUCUACUGUUACAUAUUCACAAGAUAAUACACGAGGGUCAACUGGCAUAAGCAGUUCAAAUUAUGCAACAUCUACCAUGACUGUUUCUGGCCAGCAAAAUAUGAAAUCGUCAGGAAAUACAGAGAAUAUUUCAGAACAAACAGAAAAAACAACCCAAGCACUACCUUUGGGAACAACAACUUUAACCGUAAAAAUAUCGGAUACAUCCUACACGGAUACCAAAUCAUCACAUGCAACCACAGAACAUUUGUUGCCAACUACUGAUGUUGAGUUAACAACAGAAUCUUUGACCACAAAUUUCAAGGAAAGUGGAAUAGUAACUUCAGUGGAACCCCAAGCUGCCAACACUAAAGAUACUUCAAGUUCAGAUUCACAGCCUUUUACUGUAAAAUCAACUUUAACUUCAAAUGGUGGUUUGUUGGCAACAACACAUCAACUAUAUAAGUCCACACUAUCUAGCCCAACUACCAUAGAUGGACCAUAUUCAUCCAUGGAUGUCAGUAAAAGUUCAUCUUUAGAUCUAACCACACUGCCAUUAACAACAAAGGUAACCCAAACCUCAGAAACACAAUUAUCAGCACUGGAUUUUUCAAGUAUAACAAGUCCACAGACAACAAAACAAAAAACAACAUUAUCAACAACAACAACACCAAAAAUAAGGCAAAUAACAUCAACAACAUCCACAACAACAACAAGUGCAACUACAUCAACAACUGCUAUGUCUGGAACAUCAAAAAUUUCUGCCAAAACCAAGGUAGUUACUCAAAGCAUUACUCCAAAAGUAACUAAAGAACUCACAUUAAAUACAAAGCCUGUAACAACAACAGAACCCUACACAGCUACAGAAGUGUUAACUGAUGGUCCAACAGUAGCAAACAGUUCUUUCAGUACAGUUGACCAGUUACAUUCAGAAGGCUUUUCCACAAAUGCAACUUUCCAAGGGACUAAGACAAGCUUAUCCCCCACAACUGAACUGUCUACUCAGACAGACUCAACUUCAACCUCAGACACUUUGAUGACAGUAACAUCAAAUUCAAAAGUCUCUUCAACAUCAGCAUUCCAAGAAUCUUCAAUUACACCAGAUUCUUCAUUAUUUACUGACUGGUCAUCUGAUUCAUCUUCAGCAUCAGAUUCUUCCACUACUGAUCUAGCCUCAUUAACAGAACCUUCUACUGGACUGACACAGUAUCCCAUAACUACAUCAACAACUACAACACCAGUUCCAACAAUGCCAAUCUAUCGCUUGACAUCAACUACUUCCACUACAUCAACAACAACAGCAUCGUCUACAGUCAAAGCAAAAACACCUGUGACUGGAGCUUCACGAGCAACCACAGCUUCCAGAAGUGUGUCAAAUAAUCCUACAACUGUUUCAACUGACAUUGCAACCAGUACUACUGAAUUAUUGCCUUUUUCAAGUACUGUAACAACAGAUAAUAUUCAGUCAAGUACAGAAACAGAAACAACACAUACAACAGAUCUUUCAUUGCCAACAGAUUUUUCGUCUACUACAGAUAAUUAUGCAUCAUCAACUACAGAGACAUCUACUGCAUCCACAGAAACAGAUUCAACAACAUAUCUCCCAACAAUUACUAUGCUUCAAACAACAACAACAACAACCCUUCCACCUGUGAUUUUGACAACCCAGUCAACCACAACAACAUCAAGCACAACAAGGAGUACCUCUACUACUUCAACCACAGAUUCAACAACUGAAGUGACAGCUACAACUCCAGAAACCUCAGCACUUUCAACAGAGAAACCUCCUGAAACAGAAGUGCCAACAGGUGAAACAGCAGCCACUAUGUCAAGUACAACAGUUGAACAAGCUACCACUUUGUCAAUGACCUCAGAAAGUACCUUGACCUCAGUGGCCCAAGAAGUGACAACUACUGCCAUGCCCACCACGAAAACUACCCCUACAACCACACUGCCAACGACUCCAGUUUCUGUGACUGCUACCUCAACAGCAACUAAGGCAAUAAAUACCAUGAAGCCAGGCAUGUCCUUCAUAAAUCUCACUGCAGAAUCUGCAAUAAUGAAGACUAAUACCAAGUACAAUUUUACGGUUCAUGUGGAGUCUCACUACCAGACGAGCUGCACUGUGAACUAUGGUGAUGGCAGCAGAGAGAAUGUGCAGGCUGAGCCUCCAUUGCCUUUACUGAGAUUUUCUCAUUCUUACGCAGACGAGUUAUCUGGGAAUGACACACAGGGUGGAGUUUUCAUGAUUCUCCAUACUUACCAGUUCAGUUCUACUCCCCUUACUGCUUCUGUAACCCUUGCAAAUAAAGCUGGAUCUGUAAGGGUACUGACCAGAGUAAAUAUGGAACAGAUGAUCACAGGAGCCACUUUAAAGGUUGUUGGCCCACCCAGAGCGGAAUUGCAUUCCGAGAUACGCUUUCGUCUGACAUUAGUUACUGGAAGCAACGUCGAGGUAACUGUUAAUUUUGGCGAUGGAACUGUAAGAACUGUACCUGGUUUCAAUGGUACUGUCAUUACACACAUCUUUACGUCUGAAGGUAACUACAGUGUUGUAGCUGAAAUACAUAAUAGCGUUAGUAAGACUACUUAUGAACUGCCAGGGAAAAUUCUUGCGAGGCGAUCACUGUAUGACAUGGACUUUCAAACAAGGACCCAUGCUGCUCUGCCCCUGGGAGAGUUUCCCAUGGUGCUCUCACCAUCUCAUAACCACAAGGAUGUGAAGUGUGUGUUCGAUAUGGGCCAUGAAGUCUUUGAACGAUUCUUUCCCUUCCUAGCAGCCAAUUCAGAGGUAAGCAUUGAUUAUAGUUAUGCAGGUGUAGCACCGGGAAUUUACCAGAUGGUUGUGAACUGCAGCAACAACAUAUCUACGAUGAUAUUCCAAGAAGAGAUUGUAAUUGUUGAACUCAUUGACUCGCUGAAGUUAGACGUCAAACCUCUGUUCACCCAGGUUGGAGAUGUAACUGUCAUCAAGGUAUCCAUAGCAAUGGGCUCAAACAUAACAUAUGUUGUCAGCUUUGGUGAUGGUGUCAUUGAGACUCGAGGUGACACCAGCCUCAACGUGACAUUCUGUUAUGCAUAUAACACUUCAGGAACUUUUGUGAUCAGGGCUUCUGCUGUUAACUAUCUGAGCCAGGCUCAAGAUACAGCCACCAUCAAUGUGGUGGAAGCUAUUGAGGGCGCCUCUUUCAACCAUCACAGCAUCGACCUUUACUCUGGAAGGAUUUACCAUGGCACAGGCCCCGACCACAACAGGUUCAACGUGGACAGAAAACUUGUGCUGACUGCCAACACCACUUCUGGGAGCAACCUGGUUUAUUAUUGGGAGCUGGAUGACGGAACCUCGAAAGAAACCGUCAUGACGAAGACGGCACAUCUUCUGAAGAAAUACUACAAGGCCACAAACCUUACGGCAGUUGUCACCAUCACCAACGGCAUCAUGAAUGUCACAGAGAUGAUGUACGUCAUUCUGCGGGAGCCGGCGGCCAUUGGAUCCUUCACCAAUGAUGGACCAGUGAGGGCCUUGAAGAACAUCACCUUCACUCUGACGAUCAAGAACCCCAGCCCUACAACUUGCGUGCUCCUCAAGGUCAGAGAUGAGACGGUCCUCCGUGGCCGAGAAGUGUGCGAGACGAUUUACACCUCCCACUCGUUUGUUGAUCAGUCUUACACGUAUAUUAAAGAACCGCUGCGGGAGACAAUGCACUUCGUCGAGAUGUACGAAACAGAAGGGCUGACGUCGGUGGAUGUCACGGUUUUUAACUGGGUCUCAAGGUCGUUUGCAGUUUCUCAGGCUACCAUUUCAAAAGCAGAAUGUAAAUACCCACUGGUCAAAAUAUUCGGGCGAGGUCAAGAUGUCGAAGCACCUCAGGUCACGACAGUCACGGAGCAGGUCGUCGUCGAGGCUAUGGGCCACUUCCCCAGCCUGGAAGGAUUCCUGCCUUCCUCUGAGGAAGCAGCCGCUGGGUCGGACCCUUCCCUUCAAGGCUGCCCUUACGAGACUAGCAAGCCUUGGGGUCUUUUGGCAUUUCUCUCGUCCUCCCAGGAGCUGGAGGCGGAAUGA